ACGUACCAUCGUCUGGGUUAGUCAAUUCGUGACACUAUUCUUCUCACCAUGAAAGGUAAAAGGUGUGCCAAAGCUCGAAUUUUGAACACAUAAAAAGAACUCUUCUUUGUAACCAUAUCCCGGAUAGUUGCAAUGAGUGCGGUGCUACUGUUGGUGGGACUGGUUUUGGCUGACGAUCGCUGUCCACCCGUCGACGAUCCGCUAGAACCGCCGGUUCUGCUACCACAUCCAACCGACUGCUGCAAGUUCCUGUACUGCAGCCAUGGGAUGACCGUCGUCAGCAAGUGUCCGCCCGGAUUGCAUUGGAACGAUGGACAGAAACGGUGCGACUACCCGUCGGUGGCACACUGUCAACCGGGCGUAUCGCCCACUCCCCAGCACGCCCCAGAACCUUCACCCAACUGUCCCGCGGAAUACGAUCCCGAUCAUAUGGUGUACGUGCCGCAUGAAACAGACUGCACCAAGUACUACAUCUGUGAUCCGCACGGAGUGGAGCUGGAGCAAACCUGUCCGUCCGAGCUGCACUGGAAUCCAGCGGUGAACUACUGUGACUUCCCCGAGCUCGCACAGUGUGAAGAGUAGCGUUGUGCCGAGCUUGAGUUCACUGACGGGCGGGAAGUGUGAAGUGCGACCAACGCACCAAGAAGUUGUAAAUAAUCGAUAAAGAAACAAAAACAUCCCCUUAUUCU